AAGAGAGUUCGCCAUUUUCAUGCGGUCCCCUGCUGACGGCGGUCGUCUUUACACGACUGCGAGCGCAUCGAAUAAAGCGUAUUUGUAUUAAAUACGGACGGUUUCGUGUUUUAUUGCUUAAAUUUAUUACGCAAAUUCUCUUUAGCCCGCACGCGUAGGUUUUGGCGCCCACGCGUCAAAAAUCGCGGGGGCGAAUACGGAGGCUUCGCGCUCAAACGUGCGCGCGCGCCGACUGACACACACGUUUCGAUAAAAAGUACUUUUUUAAGCAAAAUACAAAAAGAAAUUCGGAACGGUAUUCAAAAACCAGUUAUAAAAGUGCUUCAGUGUUGCCAGUGACACGAAUUUCGAGGUGUCAGUUUUUGAAUAUCGAAUGACAUAUACGGAUGUUUUGUGUUUUAUGAAUGGAAUGGGAUAGGAAGUGACGUGAUGCAUAGUGCUGCGCCCGCGUCGGCCCGGUGGGCGCCUCUUUGUCGACAAUGAGCGGUCGUUAGAGCGGAAAGAAUGUGGGCGGUGUGCGUGGUGGCAACACUGUGCUUAUGGUGCGCGGGCGCGGAGUGGCGCUGCCCGGAGCUGAGCGCGCGGCCCGCUGCCGAGUGCGCCUGCGACCUGCCGCACACGCUGCGCUGCGCUGGCGAUCAUACCGCUCUACAGAUAAUUGGUCGUCAUCUUCGAGAGCAGAAAGCGAGAAAUAAGAACUCCGCAGUAUCUCUAUUGGAUUGCGCGCUGCGUGGCGUUUCUGCGCUCCCAGAAACUGAUAGUCUGUUGUUUGUACAGGAUGCUCAUUACUUGCGGGAGUUGGAUGUCUCUAGCAACGCGCUGGAAGGUCCCCUGGGCGCGGGCUCGUUGCCGACGCUGGCCUACCUCACUACAUUACAUCUAUCAGACAAUACCUUCGCUAGUAUACGCCGUGGGGCAUUGGCAGGGCUCACAAAUCUGACUCACUUGAAUCUUCACAAUAAUCAGGUUGAUGUAUUGGAGGACUACGCGUUCAGACAUCUCACCAAUUUGACGCAUUUAGAUCUCUCCCAUAAUGAAAUUGUAGCCGUCUCCGGCGCUUCGCUAGCUCAACUUACAAACUUAGUUCACUUGGACCUUUCGCACAACUUUCUGCGCUCACUUUCAGCGGAGCCAUUAAAGGCUCUCCGGAAACUAACAGAUUUACUUCUUCAUGACAAUGAUAUUGCUAUGAUAGACGACGGUGCUUUAACAAUACACAAGGAUUUGAGUCGUUUUACUAUUGAAGAUAAUCCUCUCAAUUGCGACUGCUUAAUGGCGGGCUUUGCGAGGUGGUUGCGGGAAGCAAAAAACCUAUCCCAAUCUGACAAAUCCGCGGCGAUCUGCGCCACACCACCUCAUUUAGAAGGAGCACUGCUGUCCAGACUAUCGAAAAACAAACUAUGUGAUGAUUACGAACAUAUAGAACCAAAGAAAGAUGAUGUAAAUUAUGAUUAUAAUAAAAUAUAUAAUGUUGAUGUACGGGAUAAACUAAACGUUGUUGAUGAAACUGCUGUUGAUGGGGAUAUUUAUAUAGAUAAAGCGGAAGGUCUAGAUGAUGAUAUAUAUGAUGAAGAAUUAGAAGUACCAGGAGAAGAGGAUUUGCCAAUAUCUAAGACAAAAGUGCGGUUAGAAGACGCCUGGUAUGAUAAGGAAGAAGUACAUCUAUCGUGGUCGUUGGACCCACCUUCGAGCCGUCGGUUUCGAUGUACUGGGGUCACAGCGUCACGAGGAGGCAGUCUGCCCAAGCAUGUCGCUUGUCAUAGAGCGUCACCUGCUAACGUUGUUCUACGAGGUUUCAAAAUUGAUCCUCUUGAACAUUAUACUUUUUGUAUCGCAUUAGAAGAAAUGGACAAUAAAGAUAUACCGAUGGCUCUAGUUUUGGGAUGCGGUGUGCCCCAACUUGUUAGACAACGUGCUGAGUAUAUAACUGUUGCAAGCUUGCCAGUCACCACCCCUCCAGCUAGACCUGCGUUCAGAGUUUCUGAAGUACGAUCUAACGUUACGAGUGACGGAGUUCUCACUGUAUUAAUAUCAGUCAUGGGUUUACCUGCACCACGCUCACCUUUCGUAUUACCUCGUUCACAAAGACUUUCUACUCCUGACAAUAGAUAUCUAGCUAUUGGUAAUUGUUAUGUGAUUCUCGCUGUUUUAUCAAAAGGAUCAUUAGUAGCUCAAAAAGAUACACCAUGUCAGAGUACUUUAGAAGUAUCAAUGGAAGGUUUUGUUAGAGGACCAUACGAAGUCUGUGCGAAGAUUUCAAAGAAUAAACUAGAUGAAAUACGACCGAUUUGUGUUGUGCCACAAUUACAAGAGCCGCUAGGCUCUUUGGAAAUCAAAUCCGGAAUGAAGGGAUUGAAUUCGGCUUUAGUUGGUGUGGCUCUAAGUUUAACGGUUAUUGUUAUUUGUCUGAUAUGGUUUGUUAGAAAGGUGUUGAAGAAACCAGCGAACUUUGAACCACAUCGAUGCUUUAGACAGGAACCUGUAGCAGAGGAAAAUGUUCGAGCUAGUUAUGUGAUGUUAACGGCUACUUCUAAAGUUUAGAUUGUUUUCGUUUUAAGUCAUGCCAUAUAAAAUUAAUUUACUAGUCUUUUUUAGUUAGACUUAUUUAUGUGAAAACAAGCAUACUUUGCUUAGAGCAUUAAAAAGGGUUCUUUAACAAGGAACAUCUUAAAAAUUAGUAACGUUUUGUAAAUAUUACUACUUACUUUAUAUGAUAAAAUUGUUAUUGUGUAAACAGGAGAUAUGCGUAUUAAAAAUCAGAAAAUCAAAUGUAAUCGAACUAAUACAUUAUUAUUUAGAUAACUAUUAAUGAAUCCCAGAGUACAAUUACAGAAAGAAAACUGUAAAAAGUUAUAAUUUUUUCCUUUAUUUUUAACCUUGGUUUUCUUUGAACCCAUUCUUCAGUUACGUCUUUAGAUUAUAUUAUAUCAACAACAUAGAAUAUUUUUUUAAUAAUUGGGUAAAAAUCAUCUAAAUAUCAUCUACCUGAUUUUAUAAUGUUCCUGCUUCACAACAAUAAUUUUAAACAAUCAAUGUAUUACUCCAAUUGCCUUCUUUAGUUUUAUACAAAUAAUAAUGGAUACAAAAUGAUUUGUUGAUAAUUAGGUUUUCGUAGAAACACGUUCACGAGAUAAUGGUCUCGGCGAUUUUCCCGGAACGUAAUUUAAACUCAUCACCUCUGUGAACUUUGAUAAGAAAUAAACGUAUUAAUAUAACAAUUAUUAAUAAUCUAUCUUACACUAUAAAUUAAGUAACCUAAUAAUAACCACAAAAGGGAUUUUCAAUAAUUAAAUCAUGUUAUGAAAUGCUUACAAAAAUUGUACCUACUUCUGACUUAUACUUCCAACUAUAUUUGCAUUAAAACGCACACCUUUGACUAAACUAUCGCAGAACUAUUUAGUUUCGCUUUGAUUUCUAUGAGCUUAUAUGGAGGGAACAC